AUGCCUCGUCUUUCUUCGGCACUAAGUUACGAGAACGGCAGACCGGCCUCGGCGGCGAGCGAUCGCAGUGAAAGCCCGAGUAAUGGACUGGCGAGCAGUCAGAAUCUCGAGGAGAUCAGUUGGGUGAUUCAGAAGUUUGGCGGUACGAGUGUGGGCAAGAUGCCGGUGCAGAUUGUGGAUAAUAUCGUCGCGGCGCAUAUAAAAAAGUAUCGGGUGGCAAUCGUUUGCUCAGCUCGUAGCACGGACACCAAGGCUGAAGGCACGACCAACAGGUAUGGAGCCGACUACAAUCCCCCAGCAGCACUGCUAAGAGCCGCGGAGCAUGCGCUCAAGAAGGAUUCGACCAAGCAUUUAGAAGUUGUUGAUGACAUCCGGGAAGACCACCUUUCCGUCUCACGGAAGCUCAUCAAAGAUCAAUCCAUCCUCGAGGACCUCGAGAACAAAAUUAACCAGGAAUGUGAUUUACUCGCGCGGUUCCUGAGCGCCGCGCAGGUCAUUGACGAAAUCAGCCCACGCACAAAGGACAGCAUCAUCGGCGCGGGCGAGAAGCUGAGUUGUUUGUUUAUGGCCUCGCUGUUGAACGACCGCGGUGUGCCUGCGCAGUACGUGAAUCUGGAUACCAUCAUCCCGAUCGGGUACAACAUCAAGAACGGCAUCGAUCAGUCGUUCUACGACCACAUCGCUACCGAGAUUGCAAAGAAGAUUGUGGAGUGCGGCGACAAGGUUCCCGUGAUUACUGGCUACUUUGGCGUUGUCCCCGGUGGUCUGCUCGAGGCCAUCGGUCGGGGCUACACUGAUCUCUGCGCUGCGCUGGCUGCCGUCGGUAUGAACGCCGACGAACUCCAGGUCUGGAAAGAGGUCGACGGUAUAUUCACGGCCGAUCCGCGGAAAGUCCCAACCGCGCGCCUGAUCCCGAUGAUCACGCCGGACGAGGCCGCCGAACUGACCUACUACGGCUCCGAGGUCAUCCACCCGUUCACCAUGGAGCAAGUGAUUCGCGCCCACAUCCCGAUCCGCAUUAAGAAUGUCGAGAACCCUACCGGCGACGGCACCAUCAUCUACCCCGACAACAUCUCGCGCAAGGGCGACGUCACGCCGCCGCACCCUCCCACCGCGCUCGAGCGCAUCUCGUCUGGUUUCUUCCACGCGAAGAAGAAAGAGCCCACGGCCGUGACCACCAAACAAAACAUCACCGUGAUCAACGUGCACUCCAACAAGCGGUUCCACUCGCACGGCUUCAUGGCCGAAAUCUUCGGCAUCCUGCACAAGCACGAGAUCGUCGUCGACCUCAUCUCGACCUCGGAAGUGCACGUCUCGAUGGCGCUGCACUCCGAGAUGCGCGACCAGGACCUGCACCUCGCGGUCGAGGACAUCAAGCGGCUGGGAACCGUCGACGUGAUCCGCAACAUGACGAUCGUCAGUCUUGUCGGCAAGCAGAUGAAGCAGCUCGUUGGGAUCGCGGGCCGCAUGUUCUCCACCCUUGCCGAGGCGGAGGUCAAUAUCGAGAUGAUCAGCCAGGGCGCGAGCGAGAUCAACAUCUCGUGCGUGAUUCAGGAGAAGGAUGCGCUCAAGGCGCUGAACGUCUUGCACCAGAAAUUACUCUGCCAACCUGCUAUCCCUGAUCUGCUCGAUAGCAGGCCGUGGCUACUUAACUAA